GGCUUCGUGUGCAUCGAUGAGGCGCACUGUCUGUCCGAGUGGUCCAACAAUUUCCGUCCCUCUUAUCUGCAAUUAUAUCGUGUUUUAAGAGAUAAACUCAAAAUACGGACAUUUCUGGCGCUGACGGCGACGGCCACUAAGAAAACUGCGCUUACGAUCGCAAGGAUUCUGGGACUCGACCCCCAAAACGACAUCAUUGGCACCACUUUAGUGCCCGAGAAUCUGGUUCUCACGGUUUCCAAAGAUUCCAAUAAAGAGUUGGCUUUAAUUGAUUUACUCAAAAGUAAUCGAUUUAAUGGUUUGAAAUCCAUUAUUAUUUACUGCACUCGAAGGGAACAAACAGAGAGAUUGGCGUCACUUAUAAGGGUUAGCUUUCAAGAGAUCCGACAAACAGAUAAGAAAACGGGCAAAAGUGUGAUCGUAUGGGACGCACAGCCAUAUCACGCCGGGAUGACCGCCGAAGAGCGCAAUCGAGUUCAGAAACGGUUUAUAAGAGGCGAUCUACGGGUGAUUGUGGCCACCAUUGCCUUCGGAAUGGGUAUCAAUAAGGCUGACAUUCGGGCUAUAAUUCAUUAUAAUUUGCCGAAGAGUUUUGAGAACUAUAUGCAAGAGAUCGGUCGCGCGGGAAGGGAUGGAUUCGAAGCUCACUGUCAUCUGUUCCUGGACUCCGAUGGAAGCGAUUUGUUUGAAUUACAGCGACAUAUCUAUGCGAACAGCACUGACAGGAAAUGUCUCCGCAAACUAAUCGAGAAGAUAUUCAAAGGGUGUAAGUGUCGGUCUAUUAUGGAGUUGGAAGCGGACGACGACUCGACCGCCAAAUUAGCGGACAAUGUCUGCACCGGACAUGAGAUCGCAUUUCCCAUUCAGUCGACUGUUUUGGAAAUGGAUUUGAAAGAAGAGACAAUUUCCACAUUAAUUACAUAUUUAGAGCUCGACUUUUGCAAAGAUAAGGUGAAACUCCUGUCGCCAAUCAACUCGAUGUGUACUAUCCUGUGUUACGGCGACGGAUCCGAUCAGAUGAAAGCGAUCGCCAAAGAGUGUCCAAUUGUGGGCAUCGCUCUAACGCUGUACCAGAAGAGCCAAUCGAGUCAAGAGAUUCCCAGUAAAUUGAAGUUUGAUUUGGUAGAGGUGUGUUCAAUGCUGGGCCGACCCAUCAGUGCGUUGAGGUCUGAGUUACGGCAACUCGAGUGGGAGAACGCGCCCAACGGUCGCAAAAAGCGGACAAAUGUUAGGAUUAUGUUCUCUGACCUAUCGGCACAGAAUGUGAAUACGUUUUCGCUUUCUAUUCCCGAAUUUUAA